GUGGCGGAGCUGCCCCCGCCAGCGUCACGUGACCGCCCUGUGCUGCUCCGGUCCCGCCCGCCUCUGCCGCAGGAGAAAGGCGGCGAGCAGCAGGGUGACUGCGCUGGCCUUGGAGAGGCCAUUGGCUUGCGAGAUGACUGACAGCAGCAUGAACAACGAGUCCAAAAAGAUGUGGGGCUCACGUCCGUUUUGGGGCGUUGGGUCUGAAUUCGACCCUUCAUGGGUGCUGACCGACCGGCAGAAGAAGCUCCAGGCGGACCUGAUCGAACUCUGUCGCAAGAAAAUACGACCUUACGCGGUCCACUGCGACAAGACCUACGAGUUCCCACGGGAGUCCCUGAACGCCCUGGCCGACAUGGGGCUGCUGGGUGUGAUUGUCCCGAAAGAGCUGGGCGGACUCGGGGAGAAUCACGUGGGCGCUGCCAUGGUGGUCGAGACUCUGGCCCGCUACGGCUGCCCCAGCACCGCCAUGGUCUACACUAUGCACCUGAGUGCCGUGGCGGCCCUGCUCUUCCGCUACCACAACAACCCGACGAUCCAGGACGUGCUGCGCCGCCUGGACAAGGACAGGCUGGUGGGGACGUUGUCCUACAGUGACCCGGCUACCGGCGGCCACUUCUGGUUCCAUCUGUCGUCCAAGUGUCGCCAGCUAGACGAAGACCAUGUAAAGCUGCUCAAAUACGGCUCGUGGGUCACGUCUGCCGGAUUCGCAGACUGGUACUUCGUCCAGACAAUCAGCCCCGGCGUCAAGCCCGGUGAUUUCGCCGAUCUCUCCAACUUCCUCAUGAUGAAAGACGAGGUGCGAGCCAGUGCCAACGAGUGGCUUUCCCUGGGUUUGCACGGAAACCAGUCGGGACCGCUGAUUUGCGAGGGAGUCCUGCCUAACGACAGGAUGGUCGGACCAAUCGGUGACGGCGCGCGGGCAAACGACGAAUGUAUAGUAGCGUACUUCUUGCUGCUAACCUCGGCCUGCUGGAACGGCAUCUCCAUGGCCUGCAUCGACGUGGUGAAGAAGCACGUCACCAGGAAGACUCACGGCGACGUGGGCAUGCGCGUGUGCGACUACCCGACCAUCCAGGAUUACUUCGGCGAAUGCAUAUGCGACACGAGCGCGACGCGGCUGAUGAAUGUGUCGCUUGCCAUGGCCUUAGACCAAGUGACUGACAACAACAACUGGGAAAAGCACAGCGACAUCACGUACCUACCGAGAACCAAGUUAGAUCCCUGGAUGUUUCAAUUAAAAUUCUCCGCGGCCAAGAACGUGAGCCUGGUAACCGACAAGAUGCUGCAUGCGGCAGGAGGCUCUGGGUACAAGGUGGACUUGGGUCUGGAGCGUCUGCUGAGAGACGGCAAGGCCGGGUGGGUGAUGGGAGCCAGCAACGAGGUGAUCAGACAGAUUGUCGGCAAAUCCGUUCUUCUUGGUAUGGACGCCGUGGACUACUGGGAGAAGAAUGUCAACACGCGCGUAGUGCACCAUGAGCUGAAGAAGAUGACUCUCGAACAGAAGGAGACGUUGGCCAAGGAGCUGAUGGAAGACGUGCAGAACGGCCACCUCUCGGCUGAAAAGAUCGCAAGCAUCCAAGAUGAGGACUUUGAGAACCCCUUCAGCACUGGCCCGCCGCAUUACGUCAACAAGACGCUGAUGCUGAAUGGCCACGAGUGCACGCCCGGCCUGAGCCCGGACAGCUACACCAAGAUGACGCUCGAGAAGCGUUCGCCAAUCGGCGACAACAUGGAGCAGUUUGGCUUCGCGUACCCCAGCAAGGACAAGCACAGCGGCUGCCUGCCGGGGCAGUAUGUCAAGGUGCGGAUCCAACCCGCCGGUCACCCGGUGCAGGAGCGCUACUUCUCACCCGUGUCUCGACCAGACGAGCCCGACCGGCUGCAGCUGAUCCUCAAGUUCGAGACGGCUGGCAUUCUGUCGCACCAUUUCCAGCAGCUCAAGCCGGGAGAUUCGAUCGAGGUGAUGGGUCCGUGCGGCGGCUUCGAGUACCACGCCAACACCACGGACCACCUGACCCUGAUGGCCUCGGGCGCCGGGGUCACGCCCUGUCUGCAGCUGGUGCGCUCCAUCAUGGCGGACCCGCAGGACCGCACCCAGGUGCACCUGCUGUACUACUCCGAGACCAUCGACGAUGUCCUGCUCAAGGACGAGCUGGACAAAUACCAGGGCACCGACCAGCGGCUGAAAAUCCUAUACAGCCUGGGCGAGGCACCGGAGGACUGGGACGGCGAGGAGGGCUUCAUCGAUACCGACAUGAUCCAACGCACGGUGCCAACACCCAAUGGAGGCCGCUGCAAGAUGGUGCUGUGUGGCGGUCCGACCAUGAUCAUCUCCUCUCUGAGCUCGCUGCGACAGUUGCACUACCCUGCCCGCGACAUCUUCGUCUACGGCCAGUUCGGCGCCGAGCACGUCCGCAUGGUCUUCGGCCCGCAACGUCCAGCUGUCCGGCCACUCGUCCAGCUGCGCCGUCUGAGGUCACGCGUGUACCAUCUGGGGUCACGCCCAACCGGCCAUGCCGUCUCUGAGCAGACGCUGCAGACCUGGUGGCCAACGGAGAAACUAAGUCGCCACGGCCACCAGAGUGGACGGGGCGAUGAGGAGAGCACUCUACACGUGGCCACGGCAAAUGCAAUGAGCAUGGAGGAGUGCCGGCCCCGCCAGGUCAUCAUAGCAUUGUCCACGCCAAU